AUGAUUGCCUGCACCCAGACGAGUGCACUCGACAAAGGGGAAGACCACUUGCUUGCGUCGAACCCGGGUUUGGUCAGCUGUGCUUCGUGCCUGUUGAUACUACCACAGGAGCUCAUAAACAUGAAAAGCUCGACGAGCUCAAAGACAUUUGUCACCACGCAUUAUCCCAAGUGGGAGAAACGGUAUUCGGCAGCAACGAAAUUGGUGAUGAAGUCGCUCUCGGUGGAGACAAACUUAGACUCUUCAAAGCCCAUGUUCUUUGGGGACGCCAUCAACGGGUUCUGCUUGAACAAGGUGUUUAAGAUAUAUGAUAUCAACGCGAGAGGACAGGAGAGGAAAUACAGCUUGAUGGUGAUGAGCGAUGACGAGUCGGAUCUUUUGCAGAAUUGGGACAUUAUCAGCUUGUACUUUAGCGAGUUUAUCAGUCUGGUGCAGCAGAAGGUGGCGGAAACAAACGAGAGGAUCCACGAGCACAAUUUGAAGUCAAACAAGAGCGGCGUCAAUAACGAGAAGUAUCUCCGACGAUCCAUGACGAGACCUAAAUCGCUAGUGGAGCUAACGGGAGAUGAUCAGAUUUUUGUAAAGUUUCACCUAUGGGCCAUUGAAUUGUUGCUCGAUGUUUUGAAAUGA